UCUAAUUCUAACGCCCUCCUCACUCCUCCCAUAAAACCAUUUCUCGAUUCUCUGGAAAUCCAAAUGGCUCCAAUCAAGCCCCCCUCAAACUCAGCUGCUCACACCUCUCACGACGCCCAUCUCCUCGUCCGCCAAACUCUCCGAAUCAGCGCCAACCUCGCCUCUUCCUCCUCCUCCUCCUCCUCUCCGCCGGCCAACUUGGGGUUUGUGGAGGAACAAUUUGUUGAUUCGACCUUCAGAUUGAUUUGUUGCGAAGAGAUCGAUGGUCGCCGCUGGAACUACUUCGCCGACAAUGGCCCUUCCAACCAAUUCAACAUGCCUUCAAUCCGUGCCGUCAGUUUGCAAACCCCCCAGGCCCCUGUUCAGGAGUUGGUGUCAUUCAUAAGAUCCUAUGUUGUGCCAGAAGGUUUCCCUGAUAGUGUAACCCCAUCAUACGUGCCGUACAUGACAUGGAGGGCUUUGAAGCACUUCUUUGGUGGAGCCAUGGGUGUUUUCACAACACAGACACUUUUGGGUUCAGUUGGAGUCUCCAAACACAGAGCCACUCCUGGUGCUAUAGCUAUCAAUUGGAUUCUCAAGGAUGGUGCGGGUCGGGUUGGAAAAAUGCUUUUUUCUCGGCAAGGGACGAAAUUUGAUUAUGAUUUGAAACAGCUUCGUUUUGCGGGUGAUCUUCUAAUGGAGUUGGGUGCUGGGGUAGAGUUGGCAACAGCAGCUGUGCCACACCUUUUUCUGCCUUUAGCUUGUGCUGCCAAUGUGGCCAAGAAUGUUGGUGCUGUCACAUCAACCUCGACUCGCACUCCAAUAUACAAAGCCUUUGCCAAAGGAGAAAACAUUGGGGAUGUUACUGCGAAGGGAGAAUGUGUUGGCAAUGUUGCCGAUCUGUUGGGAACCGGAUUGAGCAUCAUGAUCUCAAAAAGAAAUCCAUCUCUAGUUACAACAUUUGCCCUCCUUUCUUGCGGAUACGUUCUUAGCUCUUACCAAGAGGUAAAAUCUGUUGUGUUGCAUACAUUGAAUAGGGCAAGAUUAACCGUGGCUGUAGACUCCUUCCUUAAAACAGGGAGAGUUCCAACACUACAAGAGGGAAAUAGAAUGGAAAAUAUAUUUAGUUUUCCAUGGUCGAAAGAUAGUCCUAUUGUUCUUGGACCGAGAUUUAAGGAUGCAUUCCAAGACCCAAAUUCAUACCUUGCCAUAGAGCCCAUCUUUGAGAAAGAGAGGUAUAUAGUAACAUACAACCCUUCAAAGGGAAAUAUAUAUGCAUUGCUCAAGGAUCAAGCAAAAUCAGAUGACAUUUUGAAAGCAGCUUUCCAUGCUCAUGUGCUUCUGCAUAUCAUUCACUCAUCAAAUCAGAAUCAGCCUCCUUAUAGGAAGCAUCGAGAAACUGAUCAUUCAGUGUCUAUGCGUUCUAUUCCCGAUCUUCAAUCUCAUAUUACUGAAUCUUAUAAGAUGGUCUCAGCUUUAUAUGGGCCUUUCAAGAGCAAAGCUACAGAACAGGGUUGGGUGAUGUCAGAGUCGCUUCUUAAUCCUGGACGAGCUCGGCUAUGUGAUGCAGUUAAUUGAGGCAAUAAGGUCAUGCUUCCAUUUGUAUGGAAAACUUGUGUUUGGGUGGGCAAGUGCUUGGUUCGCUUCUGAUACUUUUGAUAGUUCUGUGGACAAAGACCAUGAAAAGCAUGUAUCUAACACCCCGGGGGCUUAUAGCACCACUGGUAUCAUGGGAACUGUGAUCGUUAGUAGUUCUCCAUGUUAGUCACACAAUGCUCUUAGCAAUAUGCUUCCUAUAUGAUCAAUCUGAUGUAGCCAGAAGUUACCUUGAUAUAUGUAUGGCAUCGGCUUUGUAGGUAAAUAUGCUGUUACCAUAGAGGUGUAGAAUGUAAUAAUGCACAAAACAAAGAGUACUUUUUUUUUUUUUUUUCUUCCUUCUGCUCAUUGAUUUUCAUUUUUACUGUUUUUUUUUUCCCUUCCUAGAAAGCCUGCUGCGGUUUUUGUAUAUAAUAUGAUAUUUAGGGAUGUUGAAAUCAUUUUUGACGGUGAUGAUUUCUCCAUUUACGUUUUGUUUGGUUGAUAUUUACCUUUGAUAAUCAGCCAUAUAGCCUUGAUCUCA